UCAGCUGCUCUUCCCUCGUUUUCUACUGGUGGAGACAUGUUGGACUUCCUGAUUCAGUCGGGUGAAAUUAGCAAACCCGAUGGCCUGUCGGCUACCUGGUUUCACAGAGCCAAUAGCAAGGACGAAAUGAACAAAGCUCUCGCAAGUGAUGCUAUGAUCCUGGAGUCUGAUGUCACUCUGCAGGGUCAAGGAACACCCAGUCAGAAACCAAUCCCUAUCAUGGCCCACCCUCCUAACAUCUACAGUGACAACACUCUGGACCAAUGGUUGGAUGCUGUGCUGGCCUCUAGAAAAGCCAUGAAGUUGGAUUUUAAGUAUCUGGAAGCCGUGGGUUUGUCACUGGACCUGCUUAGUCAAAAGAACAGAAGCAGAGGAAUAAACAGGCCUGUGUGGUUAAAUGCAGACAUCAUCCACGGUCCCAACGUACAUAACACCGUGCCCGUAGUCAAUGGAACCAGAUUUCUGCAGUUAAUUCAGGAGAAGUUUCCAGAUGUGACAUUGUCUCCUGGAUGGAAGGUACUCUAUCUUCCUCCAAUUUUCAAACAAACCUACACCAAGCCCAUGAUGAAAGACAUGUAUGAUAUGAUCAAAGAUGUUCCCCAAAUGGUGACAUUCCCAAUCCACGCCCUGUUGGUUCGCAGUGGCUGGCAGCACAUCAGCUGGCUCCUCAGUCAGUCACCACGGUAACUCAGACAACUUCCAUCUGACUGUAUGCUGGAGAGCCAGCACACCCACCCUUCUAGAGUCUACUACGAUAUAUAUGAACCAACGCUGUCUGAAUUUAAACUGGCUGCAAGGCAGCAGGGCCAUCUGAGGAGAUUCUAUCCUGGAGGAGACCUGAUGGACUUCCUCUAUCCACUUCACAAGUCAGACACCAGCUUCAAGUCCACAGUCUCGCAACGCAACAGCCUGGCAGUCCAUUGGUUUACAGUCACUGACAGGACCUCCCUGUUGGUUCAGCUUUCAGAUCGUGCUGCUGGUAUGUUGGUGGUCCGGGUGGCUUCGGACAGCAACCAGCCUGGAGUCCCUCUGGUGGAAGGUUCUGGAAAGAGCUCAGAAGCCCUCACACUGCAGGACGUCCUGCAGCUGCUCGGGCAGAGAGCUGAUGUCCCCUGGGGUGUUUACCUGCGGAUUCACACUCAGCAGCUUCUGGAAGCUUCUCUCAAACUGCUGCACUCAGCCUACAGCAGGGAGGAGCUGUACAGACCUGUCUGGAUCAGCAUGGAAGGGUUGCAGAGCAACAACACAAAGGAGUUUGUAUCUUCAGUAGAGAGGCUGUUCCCUUACGUCACCCUCGUCCUGACAGAGCAGAACUGGCGUCCUCUGAUCCCAGCAACAGUGACAUGCUUGUCUCAGCGAGUGGCUCUACAUCUGAACAUAGCAUCACUGCCAAGAGGACAGGAGGCACUUCACUCUUUAAUCAGAAUGAUGGACAGAUAUGACCUUAUAGUGGAGGGGGACCCAAAAAGAAGAGAUUUCACUGUCUUCGCAGGGCUAAUGACCCAGCGUUCAAGCAAAGUAAACACAAACCUGUAUGUGAUAUCUGAUCAAUAAA